CCUCCAUCCGUAGCCGACAUCCACCGCGCCGGAGCCAGCUCAGCGACGCCGUCAACCACACUCCGUCCGCUUCGUCGGAUCUGCUUCCCCGACUCACUGGUUCAUCUUACCGGCUGGCGAGAUCGGUACACAAAGCGCCACCAUGAUCCACCGAACCAAAACGAACGGCCAACGCGCCACCUCCCCAGUCGACCAAGAUAUUCCCCUCGAGAAUGCCUACGAAGAAUCUCGGAGGCAAAAUAUCUUGCAGAAUAAGAUAAUUGCAGCCAAGCUCGGCAUACUGUGGAAUGGGACAAAAUCACCGCACCCCAAGUCGUUGCCGAGAUUUUUCACCCGUGUGAUGUGCCGCCAAAAGGACGAUUCCGUGGGGCAGCUGCUGAAGAAGCUAGCCACUGCUCAUGUUCCUAACAAAGACAGUGAGCGCGCCAGUGAUGCAGACAUUGGUAGAAAGGAGGCGGGAUUUGGUCCUAUUGUUCUAGCAAGCAAUCAUUUGAGGGGCCGCCUAGGAUCAGCACAUCUGGAUCCUCCUGAGCUCAACAUUAAGGAGAAGCAAGUGACUGCUCAUGUCCCUGCCAAGCAGCAUUGUAGCACAGAUGUCCAGAGUUCCAGUGAUGCAAACGUUUGUAGGAACAAAACAGAAGGAUGUGGCAAUGGGGAAGCUAAGAUUAGGCGUCUUCAAAAGGACUUGGAUGUGGCCACUUGGCGGAACAAAGAAAUGAACCGAGGAUGGAAUUCUACAAUUCAAGAUGGCCUACAUGCUGUUGCUGAUCUGCAGAAGCUAGUGGCUGGCAACUUGGUUACCGCUUUGGCUGAUGCAGAUGUCCAUGAGAUCAACUGGACGAUCUUGGAACAGGUGAAAGCACGAGCAGAAACUCUGCACUCAUCUUUGCAGGUAGAUGAUUUUCAAAGGGUGAUGCAAGAGCCGCUAUAUGAAUAGAUUGUUGUUUUCAGUUGAUGAUGUCCCUGGUUCUUUUGUUUACUUAUGUGCUGGUAGUACUUAGGGGAACUAGCUUGUACAAGUAAUUUUUUUCCGAUAAAGUUGUACAAGUAAAUGGCACAUGCUUCGCAUGUUUGACCAAUUAAGUUAAAAAGCUUCACAAAAUCCUGCGUCGAAGUUGUUUCACUAAAAAAAAGAGCUCUCACG